AGGACGGAAUGCACAGGCAUUAAAUAGCUGAGCUGAUGAGCCACAGCUGGCACUGAUCAGCUAGUCAGCAAUGAUCACAGACACACCCACACACACACACACACAAACAAACAGAGAGAGCAAGAAGGAGUCAGUGAACCCAUAAACCGUGACAAAAUGUAGCCUUCAAAUGAAAUAUUGGUAUUAAAGAGCAUACCCAGGUUCCUAACUGACGACGAAGACUUAACAGAGCAGCAAUCAAGUGUUAGACAGUAUUCUCGGUUAUUACGUGCCGAGGUUUUUGGUCCAAUAAUUAGAAUCUCUGAAAUUAGCUUUUUUUCUGAAUUCAGUAAUAGGAAAUUUUUAUAUCAGCUAUGCAUUCCGUUAAUUUUGUGAAUUGGUAAGUUAUGUCAGGGCGCAAAUAAAUAUACAAUACAAUACAAUAUUUAUUUGUAAAGCACAUUUAAAAACAACGAAGGUUGACCAAAGUGCUGUACAGAAUAAAAUUAAAAAACUAACAAAAAAACACAGGAAUAGGAUAGAUACAACAAGUUCAAAUUUAAAACACAACACUAACAAAACAACAAUUCAACCAAUGAUCAAGGGGUAUUGAAAGCUAGAGAGAAUAAAUAUGUCUUUAGUGCAGACUUAAAAGCAGAAAUAGAGGGGGCUAAUCUGAUAUAAAGAGGUAGACUAUUCCAGAGUUUCGGACCUGCAGUCGCAAAAGCGUGAUCGCCUCGUUUUUUAAGUCUACAUCUAGGCACGAUGAGUAGACAGAGAUCACUAGAUCUCAAUGUUCUAGAAGGGGUGAUACCUCAUACUUGCGGGUACCAGAAAGAAGUCUAGCAGCUGCAUUUUGCACUAGCUGAAGACAUAACAGUAGACUAUCAUUAGCGUAACAGUGAAAACUAACGCAGUUUCCUAAUGAUAUCUCCCAAGGGUAGCAUGUAGCAUGGUCAGAUAAGUAUGAUUUGAACCAUGCCAAUGCAAUUCCACUAAUGCCAACAUAGUUUUGUUUUCCCGCAGUGUUGCAGUUUAACGUAACUAAGAGAUUUAAAUGUUCUAAUAUUCUAGUAGGGUCUAUUUUGUUCUAGACGAGUGUAAACAGAUCUUGUGUUAAUGUAAGAACAAUCAAUAGUGUCUUGCUAAUGUAAUAAUUUGGCAAUAAGUCUGACUCUGGUGUGAGGUUCAGAGUGAUCAUAUUUAAUAAGCAGUAAUUAUGUGGUGAUGUUGUGAAAUAUAAAUACAAUUUUAAUUUUGGUCUGUAACUUCUAGUUAUAGAGACAAAUCUCAUUUCACACAGCAUUAUUAUUUUAUGGUAUGUGUAUCAUUACUGUGAUUCGAAAUGACUCUUUUUGCAGUUUAAGAUUAUAGUUAUAUCAUCCCCCUCAAAUUAAUUUGAUUAGAAGGCUACUAAAAGUAAUUUCAUAAUACAUUUAAGUUAUAAAAACAUUAAAUUUAAUAUAAUUUUGCUGUUAAUAAGAGAAAAAAAAAACUUGGGAGAAACCAGGCUACACUGGUGGAGCCAGCUCUCCUCUGGCUAUACUAAACAUAUUCAACAUUAUUAUCUUUUAAGUGUAUGUGAGGUGCAUCUCGGAUGAACUUUUGAGGUGGAUGUAGAUGGAGGGGUUGAGUGGAACAUCCGUCUGGACUGAAAGGUGGAUCUUCAAGGCCUUGGUGUCCUUGUGGACAUCUUGCCGAACUGCAGCUGGGCCUGACAGUGUCUCUUAUCCUCAGGAACCCGGGGCUGAGACAGUGGAAGAGAAAAACACAUAUAUUAGCAUAGAUGCCAUUCACAUCAUAUUUAAAAGCUACAACAAUAUGAGAAGUGUAUUUUUUUGGUUCCGGCCAACCUAACUAAUUGAAGCAUAAUGUGUUACCUUAGUAAAUUAGUUGUAUGUUUGGUUAAAGAGAUGAGUCUUUAAUCUAGACUUCAACUGGCAGAGUGUGUCUGAUUCUUGAACAACACUAGGAAGGCUAUUCCACAGUUUAAGAGCCAAAUAGGAAAAGGAUCUUCCUCCUGCAGAAGAUUUUGAUAUUCUUGAUAUUAUUAACUGGUGAGAGUUUUGCAACCGCAGUGAACGUGAUUGACUAUGGUACGACAUGAGCUCACUUGUAGUCCAUGGUAGUCAUAAAGACAGUAGUCACUUGCCUCGUUUUUGAAUGAAUCAUCGGUUUGAAUGAAUGACUAAUGACUCGCUCAUUAAAACAGUAAUUUACCGCCACCAGUAAUUUCUACUGGUGGAUUGGUUUCAUAUUUAAAAGUAUUGCAUUUUCGAGAGGGGUCUGUCUGCAGACUGCAAGAAGGGGGCAUAACUUGAAGUUGUCCAAAUCACACAGAACCACACAAGAUGUCAAAACGAGAUGUUGUUGGGCUGUGUCUGAAACCACAUACUCUCUGAGUAGGCACUUAAUUGGGUACUUACUUAAUGAGUGCUAAAAGAGUAGCAUACAUACUCUACAGCCUGAAUGCGUUAAUUAUGAAAGCGAUUUGGGUAACAUCCGGCAUAUUUACGUUAUCAUGUGACCUACGACUUUAUUACAAGUGCAACAACUUAAAAGAUAUGAGCGACAGGUUUAAUUAAUCCAUCCGUAAUAUCUUGAUAUUGAUGAAACUUGCCCAUUUUGUGGUCUUGUUGAAAAAACAACUGCGCAUUUAUUUUAUGAUUGUAGUAUAGCCAAUAAAUUUUGGGUUGAUUUAAGUUCUUAUAUUUUUAAACCCACUAAUGUCAUCCACAGUUUUAUCCUUAAAGAAAUUAUUUGUUUUAUUACAAAAACUCAAAAUCAUUAUCAUUAUCUCUUGAAUAUGUUGUUAAUUUCUUUAUUUUAUGUGCAAAAUGUUUCAUCCACAAGCAAAAGUGGCUUAAAUCUCCUUAGUUUUCUUCUUUUUCUUGUUGAAUUUAACUCUCGUUUCAUCCCUCAGUUUUCUAAAAAAGCAUCAUGAUGAAUUAUUAUAUUUAAUUAAACACUGUGCUUUUUUCUGUGUAUAUAAUCUCAUACUAUGAUGAACACGUCACGUGAUAUUCACGUUUGCUGUUUUAUGCCAUAAGAUUGUCCAUUGUUAGAUACAACCAUCUUUCCCUGAUCUUAUAUGUAAUUUAUAAGUUAGGCAAUAAUAAAAAAUAAAAAAAGGACAGGUGCACUAACAGGGGUGUCCAAACGUGGUCCUGGAGGGCCACUGUCCUGCAGAGUUUAGCUCCAACUUGCCUCAGUACACCUGUCGGGAAGUUUCUAGUAUGCCUAGUAAGACCUUGGCACACCUGGUUCAGGUGUGUUUAAUUGGGGUUGGAGCUAAACUUGGCAGGACACCGGCCCUCCAGGAGCACUAACAUCUCAUGGCAUCACUAACUCAACAACCCUACCUAGUACAGUUUUCCUCAGCGUUUGCAAUGUCUGCACAAAGUUGACGCUGGGCAACUGCUUGAAGAUCUGGCCUUUGGAGAAGACUGUUGAUUUUAUACUAUAAAUACGGUGAACCCCACGUCCUUCUGCCAUCUCAACACAGAUGUGUCAAUUCUGCAGCUGCGCUGUGCUUCACAAUCUUGCUCUUCUCAAUGGGGACAUCGUUGACCCAGAGGAUGAGGAAGACCAUGAUGAUGCCCCCUGAACCACACAACCUUGAGGCAAGAGCAGGAGAACAUGUGCAGGACAAUCUGGCUGCCACUGUGUCUGCUCCAAACGUUCAUGUGCCUGCUCUCCAUGAGCACGACUACCUGUAAAACAUUUAAACAGAGUUAAACAUUAACAAUUCAUGUUGUCAGCUUUCCAUUUCUUGCCAAAUAUCAUUUCAUGUUUACAAUUACAUGCAUUUUUUUAGUUGUAGCUUUAUUACUUUUGUAGUUGGCUAAACCACUGAACUGGUGAGCAGAAGGUUGCUGGUUCAUCACCGGUGUGUCCUUCAGCGAAGCUCUUUUCUCCAGGCUGAUCCAGGGGGUUGUAGGUCCCUGUAAUAAGAGCACUGUAAAUCACUUUGGAUAAAAUCUUCAUGACAUUUUUUUUAAUGAUGCUUUUGAAGCUUCUGAAAGUCGGGCUUCAUUGUAUGAACAGAGACCAGCAGAACAAACUUGACCAAAAUCACAUCCUCAGUGUCUUUUAGUCUUUCUCUAGAUGUUCUCACUGACUCUGGGGUCACUGAGGAGGAAGAGAGUGACCUCAGCAGCAUCCGGUUCAGAUGAGGCAGUAAGGUCAGGUGGAGUGAUGGAGCGUCUCAUGGCACUGGACCAUUUCCAGGAUGCUGCUGUGGUCUUCUCCAUCCUCACCAGUCUGUGGACAUUUCAGAUCCUGCAAAGAUGCACAAACUUAAUACAAAAACAGUCAUUUUAACAACACAAUGUCAUCUGAUCUCUGUAUUAGAAGUAACAAAAUGAUCUUACUUUAUAUUUUUGUCUCAGGUUUUCCCCCUUUUUUCUCUCACAAAUGCUUCCGCCACCUUGCCUUGCAGGUCCUGCUCCACACAGAAGAUCUGCAGCAAAUGCACAGGAAUCAAGAAUCAGAAAAGUGCUGUAAUAGCUCUGUUUGAAAUUACAAUAAUUAAAAUAAUCUUAAGAUUUAAAAGAUGUUUUAUUGAUGUCUGUAGUGUGCUCACUGAGAGGCUUUGAUGGCAGCAUUGCUUCAUCAGUCACUCUUCAGCGGAUAAACACUCGUGUGUCUCAUCUGUCCCUGUAACAUCAGACAAGAGUCAGUCACCUCUGUGAUUUAUACUGCAUUCACAUGUUGAGGUAGUUGCUGAUGUAACUCCCUUUUUAUCCAACACAAAAGCUCCUCCAUUUAUCAACAAUACUAAUAGACAAAUAAAAUAGAUAACUUAUGUUUAGUUACUUUAUGUAGAUUAGUUUAUUUACAUUACAUUCAUCUGAAGCAGUGCUGACAACCGUGAAUUCUACAAAACACACACAUCACUCACUCAGAUCUGUUCCAUGUCUAUUAGAUGUGCUCAUAUGCAAUAUUUAUCAAAUAUAAUCCUAGGAAUCAUCUUUAAGAUGAAUAUAUGGUUUAUGUAAAUCCACUUUGGACACACUUACUGGAGCUCCCCUGAUAGCUAUACACAAUAAAAUGUGUUUUUAUAGCAAAACCACAAAUUUACUAUAUUAUUUAGGCAUGGUUUCACAGACAGGGUUUAGUCCUCUGUCUGUGAGCAAUAUUUCAAAAUGUUCUAUCUUUUAUCACCUAGACCUUUGUUGGCCAGUGUGGGGCAUUAAUCUUCUGGGCUGAAAGUUAACCCCAUUCAGGCUUUGGUCUUCAUCAGCAGAAAACGUUUGCUCAGUCUAUGCUCAAUUAUUACUUGAAGAAUAAAGCAAAGUGUCUUCUCAUCUGUCUCUGUUUUCCUCCUUUCAGUCUUCCUGCUCAGUUUUCUGCUCUCUGCUCAGAGGAUCAGGAGGACACAGAGGCCUUCAUCAUGGGCACCGCUGACCAACUGCUAGAGCUGAUUUUCUGCUGGAUCAAGGAGAAGGAGCGCUUUGCAGACAAUCUGAGGAAACUGGCUGAGGAGCUGGAGUCACUCAGAGAAAAAUGCAAUGUUGGUGAAUGUGUUGGAAGCUCAUUAAAGGUGUUGGGAGCUGCAACUAUGAUCGGGGCCGGUGUGGCCACAUUUUUCACGUUUGGAGCAACUGCUCCACUUAUGGCAUCUGCAUAUACAUAUACAGGCAUAGGUUCCGCUAUUUGUCAAACUACUAAACUCAUCGAGCACUUAUGCAGCAGCAGCACCAUGAAGAAGGUGAAGAAUAUAGAAGAGAAGAGCAAUGAAAUUGCAAAAGAAAUACAGGAACUGUUCCAGAAACUGAAGUCCGAGAAGAAGGAGGUAAAUCCCUUAGCAGAACCAGAUGAAUUGCAUCACAUCAUGGCUGAAUUUCUGAGAGCUAUUGCAAGACAGAGUGGUCUAAAUGUUCAAAUCAUCAAUGACUCAAUGCUCAAUGACAUGCUCAUUCACGCGCUUCAAGAGUUUCCUCUGGAUAUGAUCAGUGAUAUGGACAGCCGCGGGGCUGUGGGGGGUUCUUCAUCAGCAAGAGCAGGACGACGAUCAGAGGGGCACUUUGAAAAUUGGACGGGCAUUUACAGGGCUGUGGGGGGUUCUUCAUCAGCAGGAGCGGGACCACGAUCAGAGGGGCACUUUGAAAAUUGGACGGGCAUUUCUAACACAAAGAGCACCCCCCAGAUGAGAAAAUUAACCAGCAUUUUAUGUGGCGGGGUUCUUUCAGUUGUCUUGAUUAGUAUUCAACAUAAAGGGAUACAUAAAGGGAAAGCUAACUUGAGUGAUACAGUACUUCAUCUUUUAAGAUCAACAGGAUUUCAAACAAGCAUGAGGAUUGUUGGAGGACUUGGUGUUGGAGGACUUGUUGGAGGACUUGGUGUACAAAUGAUGACACGUGCACUUCCUGAAAUGAUUGACAACUGGAAAGAAAUGAUCGAGGGGAAUCAUGUGACUGAAGCCAGCCAAUCACUGAGAGACACAGCCUACGGAAUCCAAGAGACCACUCGGACACUGAAGGAACAGAUCCAAAAAAUCAAGAAAAUGCUACAAGAGAUUGAACAGGAGAAGCAGAAGUUACAAGAGAUUGAACAGGAGCAGCAGAAGUUAAAAAAGAUUAAAAAGGAGAAGCAGAAGUCACAAAAGACUGAAAAGGAGCAGCAGAAGUUAAAGGAGUUAGAAGAGACUGAAGAGGAGGAAAGCAGCGAGGACGAGGAUCCUCCUGCAGUGAAUGUGGGGUUGCUCAAUGUUCAUUCAAUCAAAAAUAUGAAGGAAAAAAGACUCAAGAUCAAAAAUCUCAUAACAGAAAAUAACCUGGAUGUCUUUCUCCUAACAGAGACAUGGUUAGAUAAUGCCACUGCAGAUGAAGCCCUUCGUGAAACUGUGCCAGCAAACUUCUCGUUUGUUCAACGGUCCAGGGAAGGUAGAGGGGGGGGUGUUGCCAUUCUGUUUUCACAGUUGUUGCACAGUCAAAUAAUUACUUUUGAGUCUACAACAACGUUUGAAUGUGUGGCCACAGCUCUGAGACAUGAUGAGUGGGACGAAGAUGUUCUGUUCAUAAAUGUGUAUCGCCCACCGAUACAAACCAAACAGCAGUUCUGUAAUUUUGUGGAUGAGUUUGAAAUGCUCUUGAACGAGGCUUCCACAGACUACAACAGUAUCGUUGUGGCUGGUGAUUUUAAUGUCCAUGUCGAGGAUACCUAUGAUCUAAAAACAAUUAUAUUUGAAAACGUCUGUAUGAGUGACUUUGAUCAGCAUGUACCGAAGCCAACACAUGAAAAAGGGGGCAUCCUGGAUCUGGUUUUCAGGCGAAAUGUUGAAGUCUCUAGAGUCCACGUCCGUGAUGAUGGGAUUUCAGAUCAUUCCACCAUAUAUUUUAGCAUUAGGCCAGCGUCAAAAGAUGCAAAACCUUAAGCAAAUAAUCAUGUAAAUAUGUGCAGUCGAGUCAUAUUUAAUUAUAUAGCGCUUUUCACAAUACACAUUAUUUAAAAGCAGCUUUAAACAAAAUAAUAAAUAUAAAUACAUGAAAAUUAUAUAAUAAUAAUAAUAAUGUUUUAAUGCUUUACAUUGCGAGAUUAUAUCUCAUAAAGUGAUCAUAUUUAAUAAGCAGUAAUUAUAUGGUGAUGUUGCGCAAUAUAAAUACAAUGGUAACGCUUUAGAUUACAACCCGCAAAGAACUGCGUAAGUAUACUGAAUUUACGCUAUACGUUUCUGUAAUUAUAGUGUACCUAUAAAGAACGUACGUGUAGAUAUAAGGGAACAAUGUGUUACGUUUGGGUAAUAAGGGGGUAACAACCAGAUAUGCAACCUGCAAAGAACUGCGUAAAUAUAUUUAAGUUGCACCAUAACGUUUUUGUAAUUAUAGUGUAUCUCUGUGUAGGUAUAGUGGAAUAAUGUGUGACGUUUGGGGAAUAAAGGGGUAACAACCUGUGAAAUUACAAAUCAUUUAUACUGGAAGUACUUUGAAACUAAGGGGUACCUAUUCUAAUAUUACGUGGUAUGAUAUGUAUCAGUCAAGUCAAGUCAAGUCACCUUUAUUUAUACAGCGCUUUUACAAUACAGAUUGUGUCAAAGCACUUAACAGUAUCAAAUUGGAGGAUAGAGUGUCAGUAAUGUAUAAUGAUAAGAUUAAACACUCAAUUUUCAGUUAAAGGCAUUUCAUUAUUGAAUUCAGAGAUGUCAUUGUCUAGCUCAGUUUAGUUUAAAUAGUAGUUUGGUUUAUUACAACAAACUCAAAAGUGUCUUUUCUAUACUAAUGACAAAAUCAGUUAUUUUUAGAGCAGUGGUCUCACAUGAGGGGGGAAGGUGACCCAUACUCAGGAUUUGUGCUCUGCAUUUAACCCAUCCAAGUGCACACACACAGCAUUGAACACACACACAUCGUGAACACACACCCGGAGCAGUGGGCAGCCAUUUAUGCUGCGGCGCCCAGGGAGCAGUUGGGGGUUCGUUGGCUUGCUCAAGGGUCUCACCUCAGUCGUGGUAUUGAGGCUAGAGAGCGCUGGCUAUUCACCCCCCCCCACCGUCAAUCCCUGCUGGACCUGAGACUCGAACCCACGACCUUCAAGUUACAAAUCCGACUCUCUAUCCAUUAGGCCACGACAAAGUGAGUCUGACAGCAUGCAGAGCACAGCUAACACACGAGACAUGCAUGAUGAGCUUGAUCUGGUCAAUGUGGGUGUGCGGUCCAGAACUGAAGACAGCUGAGAGGAACUGCAUCAGUUUGCUCUGGAUCCUCAGUGUUCACUCGCACACACACCGUCUGCAAAAACUGUCAAACCACUCUGAUUUAUUUUGGCCUCUGAUGAUGGACUGUGUAAACAAACUUGAGAAUGACAUUAAAAACAUGUCUCUGCAAGUCUUUUAUAGACAAGCUAUUGGUUUGAAACGCAUUCCGCCAGCGCCUGGUUGGAUGACAUUCAGUUACUCCUGGCACGGGUUAGUGCUGGAAGACCCCUGUAAAGUGCUCAUACUGUCCCUUCACACGGUCCAGUGUCACAGUGGUCCAGUGGGAAAACCUUUUCCCGUGCCUUUUUAAAAGAAAUGGGGGGGAAUCAGAUUUAUUGGCCUCCAAUAUGACAAGUAACUCCUUCUGGCGAGCAAGGAACCUGAAGAAUGAAACACCACACUGAGAUGCAGAAGCUAGUACACACACUGGUCUCAAAGCGCUCCCUGAGUGCAGGCGUGUCAAACUAACAGAAAAUGACAUGUUAACUAGAUUAGUAUUCAAGGUUUAUUGUCAGAAUCCAAAGACCAGCAAUUAAACACUUUAUUUCAUAGCAAUCUUCUAAGGAAAAAAAUAUUAAAGCUCACCUGAGAGAAGUUGAAUGGGAUGUCCAGCACGGUGUGGAGGGCAUACUGAAAAACAGUAAAGAUUCAUUUAC